AUGUCAAGAAAUACAAUAUUAGAAGAUGAACAAGAAAGAUUGUACAAAGGAAUGAUCAAAGGACUGAUGAAUGUGGCUUCUGGUGAAAGACUAGAAACAUUGGUGCAAACAGUUAACCCUUCAGGCUGGCAAGUCUCUGAAGAUUCUGCAAGAAUUGAUCCUGAAGCUAAACCACAGACUGCCAUUCACUCAUUUGUUCUUCUACCGGGCAGCGUUAUCGAUUGUUCAGAGGACAUACAGGAAUAUCCGUCACAUGUGAUUAAAAGUCUUACAGUAGAAGACACACCUGAGGAGGAUGGAGAGGGAAACUCAUGGUUGCACAAGCUUGGAAUCAAUAUAAACAAGUGGUCAUUUCUGAAUUCCUUGAUUGGAUGGAGUGAAAACAGAACUCAAGAAAAAGAUCAUGUUACAAUGUCUGGGGGUUGUUCUGACACUGAUCACAAAGUAACUGAGCUGACAGAAUGUACAACCAAAGAAGUGCUGUAUAUUCCCUACAAUUUAGCUACAUCGUAUAUCACCAAGAUUGUAAAAGACAUGCAGCAAAUGAAAAACAAACACAUGAAAAUAAUCAGAAAACUAGACAAUAUAAGGAAAAAAAACCAGGAGCAGACUAUAACUACUAUAAAGAAACAUGGAGAGAAAAUGAGGUGUCUGAAAUCCCAGUUAGAAGCUUACCAAGAACUGAUGAACCAGAGCAACACACACUGGCAAGAUAUAGUUAAGAGCCUGAGAGAAAGAAACAGACAAUUGAUCCAAGAGAAUGAAGAUCUUCUUCACCAAAUGAAACAACAAACAGAGAAUUGGGAAGAAGAAAAGGUCUGGAUUCUAGAAAAUUUGUGUAAAACCCUAGAUUAUCUUUAUACCCAACAUACACUGACUUUGCAGGAUCUUCACAACAUCAGUCUACAUGUGGAAAAGCUGCAUGACCUCAUGAAUUUUCAGAUAAAAAUUCUUCAGGCAAAGUCUGAAAAGGCAGAAGGAGAAAAAUCAGAUGUGUCAGAGGUUUCGCUACUAAAAACAGAACAAAUAACUAAUGAAGAACAGAAGACUGAAUGGUCAAUAGAAAAAGGAUAUCUUUGGCAGGGACACACCAUCCUACAAAAGAUACAAGAAUCUUUGCAGAAGCGAGAGAAGGAAGUCACUGAGCUUCUACAAAGUGAAAGAAGAUUUAACAAGGCAAUGAAACCUCAAAUGACCAUGCUAGCCUUCUUGAAAUCUCUUGUCAAGAAGGUUCACAUGAUAUAUUGUGAUGUCCCUGAGGCACAACACUGCAUCAGUCAGCUUAUUAGGAAGAAUGACGAUGAAAGAGCUGAUUGCAAAGAAGCCUUUAAUAAAGCUCAGGCUGACAUUUUGUCCUAUGAAGUACUUCAUGGAAAUGAACCUAUGGAUGACAGAAGGAUACACCUCCCAGCAAAGCUUUUCAGAAAUAUUGGGAAAGCAAAGUCUGAUUUAGAAUAUGUUGAAACAGAGAAAAUUGUGUUUGAUUGUAUCCAGAUGGGGGAAAUCCCCAGCUGGAUUAAAAGGGAUUGUCUUUACGCAGCCUGGACAGAAGACCCUGCAACUUGCUCUAAGGAGACAGAGUCACCAUCCCAAGAAGCUCUUGCAGAAGUUUAAAAUGGAAAUCAAGGU